AUGAAAAAACCAUACAUGAAGAAAAAUCUCCCAAAAAAGAGUUGGCAAAAAAAAAACUUAAACGGAAAAAGCACGUAUGAAAUGAUGGAUAGCACCACACUAAGGGAAGAAGAGAUGAAAACCACUGAAACACAUUUGCUUUUUGAAAAAGAUGAAUUAAGUGAAUCUGUGAAUUUUUUCUUGUCCACUUCUAAGGGAAAACCAUCCUUGAAUGACAAAAUGGAAGAAACAUUAGUUCAUCACUCCGAUUAUUACAAAUAUAUAUAUGAGGAUAAUUUUAAAAAAGAAACAAAUUAUAAGUAUAAUGUGGAAAAAUAUGAACAUAAAAGUGUGAAUAGGCAUUCUUACAAUGUUUGUACCACCGCUUCUAAAUGUGUAGAACUUCAUUCUGAAAGUCAACUAAAUCUGAAACUGAAACUAAAAAUGUUAAACAAACUAUGGGGAGAAAAAACAUUUAUGAAAAAGGAAUAUAUCGAAAGAAACGCACACGAUGAAUUCGACAGGAAUACACAAAUUAGAGACGAGAAAAAAGAUGAAAGAAACAUGGAAGACAAAAAUCAUAUGUGGGAAAGCAAUUGUACUGCAUCUCCAUCUGAACUGAAUCAAAGAAAUAGCCAAAAUCGAGCAUUUCAUUAUGAUCACAUUAAGCAAGGCAGUAAUAUAAAUAGAACAAUGGAACCAGAAGUGAUAAAUAUACCAUACAUGGUAAGAAGAAACAUCCAAGAUGUGAUUCCUAAAAAAAGUACAAGAAAUAAACACCUCCAAAGAGAGAUGGAUAAAGAAGAAAAUUCACGAUUAACAUACUUGAAACAUACUCCCUUUGUGCAUAUGACCAAUCAUUCGCAUGAUUAUCUAGUGGAUACAUCAUACGAUUGCUUUAAGUGCAAAGGGGUUCACAAAAAAAGAGAUGAUAAGUCAAUGCAUGUAAAAUUUAAUGUAUCUUUAGAUGAGAAAAAUAGGGAAUUUACAAACGUAAUCAGUAACACCACACAUCUGAAUGGUAUAAAAAAAAAGUUCACUUUUAGACAAAUUUAUAAUAAUUACUUGAAGAAUAAGGGAAAAACUUCCCGACAACUUACACAGAAAAAUAAAUUUGGAACUAUGUCAAGUAGCGGCUUAGAAGCAGCAGUGGACUGUCCAACAGGCAAAUUUCUAAUGAAGGGAUUACCAAACGGGUUGUCUGGCGAGGGAGAAAGAAAUUUACCUGACUGUCCAGCUAGCCGCCUAUCAAACUGCUUGUCAUGUGAGGGAGAAAGAAAAUUACCUGACUGUCUAGCUAGCCACCUAACAAACGGGUUGUCUGGCGAGGGAGAAAGAAAUUUACCUGACUGUCCAACUAGCCGCCUACCCAAGCGCUUAAAACUAGAGAGAGGGACAACCAUGAAAUACUUCCACGGAUUGACAACAACGAAGGGGAAAAUGAAAAUGAAGCUUGUUCCUAAAAAUAAAUUAGUGAAUAUGUUCAUAGAAAGCAAAAAUGUAUACAUAAAGAAUUUAACAAUAUACCCAAAGGAGGAUAGACACAAACAUGUUUUGUCAAAUGCAAAAAAUAUCGAAAUUGCAAAGAGAGAAAUUUUAAGUUUACCAAAGAAACCAAUUCCUUUAAACGAAUUAGAGAUGCACAAAUAUAAGUUGAGUAAAAAUUUUGAAAUUCCAACAGUUAGAGGAGAAAAUGAAGAUGUUAAUUUUUUUAAAUAUAAAAAUACAUGGUAUGAACUUUUUUUUUAUACCAGUAGUGGUGAAAAUAAGAACCCCGAAACUUUGUAUAACUAUAUGUUAAUGAGACUUAAUUUUGAAUUACUAGUUCAUCCCAUAAAAGACAUCGUUUUAAUUGAUGAAAACACAACAUCUUUUAAUUAUCCAUAUAUUUACAAUGCUUACUUGAUUUCUCCUUUGGAUAUUCACAACAUGGAAAAUUCUCUUAGGAUACAGAAAAUGACAAGCGACACUACUCUAAUCAAUAAUGGUUCUUGGACUUUUUUAAAAAAAAAUAAAAUGAAAAAGAAAGAAAAGAAUGGACAGAAUCAAGACACAGAAAAUAAAGAGAAUUCUCAAGAAAUACACAACAACGAAAGAGGCAGCAGUUAUUUCAUAAACAUUAAACGAAAUAAAUAUUUCAUAGAUCAUAUCUCCUUCAAAUGUGCAAAGAGAACUUAUUCCACUUCUUUAAAAGAUAUAUCUUCCCUUAAGAGGCAUGUGUCGUGCUUCACCUCUGUUCAUAAAAAAGAGGAGGAAAACACGCCAUGUUUAAGCAAUAGUCUAGAGGGAGAGGCUAUUCUCAGAAAUGACAAUACAAGUACAAAGGUAGAAAGAGAAAAAACACUACCAACAUUUCAGAAACGGAUAAGCAAGGUGGAUAUAAUAAGUGAACUAGAUAAGCGUGGGCAGAAAAAUCAUACUUACGACACAUGUGAGAGUGGAAGUAAAUUACAAAAUUUUCAUCAGAAGGAUCAUAAACUGAAAACAAAUGCGAAAGACGAAACUAUGCCAGAAGAACUACUUUUCCAACAGAAAAUUUUCACUCUAUCGGAUAGAUCCCUACUGGAUUGUUCGUGUGUUUAUAUGACCUUUGGAAAUAGCAAAAUUGAACCAAUAUUUCCUUAUACAUGUGACAAUAUUUUUUUCCUUUUUGAGUAUUACCACAAAUACAUAAACGAAAUGGUAACUUAUUUCAGAUAUCAUAAGAUGAGAAGUAAACUGCUCCUUUCAUGUGUCCCAAAUGAGGAUAUAGAAUGGAAAAAGAAGGUGAAAGUGCAUAAAGCUGAUAUUUACAAAGUUCACACAUUGGAUCAAGGGAGAGAAGAAGACAUGAGAAAGGAGAAUAUCAAUGCAACAAAAACACAACUUACGGAUGUAACCAUAGGGGAAAAAAAAAAAAAAAAAGACUUAACCACGUGCGUCGUAGUGAAAAAUGAGAAAUGUAACAAAUAUAUCAAUAUUGGAGAUAUAAAUAAUUUUAAAUUACGUAAUUUUAUAAACGGAAAAUCGUAUGAUUCUGUUUUUAGUCAUCUUAAAAAUAAAAAUGUAAAAAAGGUAAAAAGGUAUGUAGAAAGGAAGAGCAUUGAAAAAGUACCCAUUUUUUUAUGGGUUAUUUUUGGAGGGAAAGAUAUGAAAUCAAUGGAUUCACUAAAUAUCGUGUAUAAAAUUCUUCGAUAUGCCACUGAAAUUCCCCCAUCCGAGUAUGAAAAAUAUCUGGGAAAAUUGGAAAGGAGGAAAAUAAAAAAAAACAUGCACACAAAUUCGGGCAAUCAUACAAAGCUUGGGACAAAAUUGGGGACAAAUUUUGGGACAAUGGCUGGGACAAAGACUGAGGCAAAAGCUGAGACAAUGGCUGGGACAAAUGCUGAGACAGAGGCUGAGAUAAAGGUGUGCUGGCAGAAAUUCCCAUGCGAAGUGGGUAAAAAAAACCAAGUUGCUAGGAACGAAAUUCGCCUGAACAGUAAGCAAGAAAAAUGGGAAAUUUCCCCUGAACAUGAGAAUAUUUUUUUUCAAAAAAAAAAGAAAAGCUAUAAUAUUGGUUACCCGAAGGGAGCCAUGCACAAUUCCAUAGCUCCAUACAGGGGAGGAAAAAAAAAAAAAAAAAAAUUCCCAGAAUUGCCCAAGAAAAUAUUUGUUCACAAAAAUUUGCAUAAGAACGCCAUGGAAAUAUACAACCGAAUUGUUACAUAUUACGAACAGUACAAUAAGAGGUACGAUAUGUUUGGCCCUCACAACUAUGGUGAAUUCCUGGACUAUUACAAGGAAAGGGUUAAGGAAUCCAAGAGGGAUACUGAAGAUGAUGAGCACAUAAAGGGGGACAACCAUACAGCGGAUACAAUAGUAAUAAAGCCUGAAUAUUCAGGUGAAACAGAACAAACGGACGAGGAUGAAACAUACGAUUUCUUCAUAGAACGAAGUGAUAGCGAAUCGAGCAACCAAAGUGAUAGAGAUGAAUUGUUCGAUUUUAUUUCCUAUCAUAUGCAAGGAAGAAACCCGUCUUUUGAAAAACAUGAAGGAGAAAUAAAGGAAGGAAAAUUAAAUUACACAGAUAUAUAUGGUCCAUUAAUAUAUAAAGAUAGAAAGCAAAAAAAAAAACAGAAAAUUAGAUAUUCCUUUCUGCUCUUGGAUUAUCCUGCAUAUAACAACAGCACGGGUCAUCCAUCUCCAUUGACAUUCAAGACAAGUGCAUUUGCUGCGUUAAAAGAGGCCUUAAAGGAAAUUAGAAAGUUGAAUACAGACGAGACAAGCAGCAAUAUGGGAAUUGUAGGAAGUGAUAACUGGGAUCACAUGGAAAAUGUGUCCAUAAACAUUCUUGGCUAUUCCCUCGGAUGUUGUGUGAGUCUGCAACUUCUGCUGGAUAUAGCUAAAAGUCUGUACAACGAUUUCUUCGAAGGGAGAUAUAAAACUCCAUUUCAUAGGAAAGUAAGGGAACCGAUUAAGGGAUCCCUAAAGGAGGAAAAUAGCUUAUCGAUCAAGUUAAACGAUAAUAAGAAGAACAAAAUUAAUGAAUAUGUGUAUGAUGAAAGGAAAAUAUUAACCUUUCAAGAUGUUCUUAUGCAAUCAGCUUCGUCAAUGGAGGGGACGCAGCGCCGAAGUAGGUGGGUAAGUGUCAAUGGUGCAACAGAAAACGGUGCAGCGGAUAACGGUGCAGCGGAUAACGGUGCAGUGGAUAACGGUGCAGAAGAAAACGGUGCAGCAGAAAACGGGGAAGAAGAUAAUAAUUUUGGGGGGAAGGGAAAAGUGAGACAAAUAUGGUAUGAUGAAAGAAGAGACCAAAAAAGGGGGUUGCACUACCAGGGGAAUAGUUACCUCAAUUUUGUUGCAAAGAACAGUCAGAGAAAGAAAUCCAAGUUAGGAAUUCAUAAAAAUGGAACACAAGAAAAUGCGAUAAAAACCGUUAUUGUAAACAAAACGUUACAGAGCGAAAAAGCGCGGAAAAAAAUAAUGGAAGAAAUAUUAAAAAAUGAAUUAAAAAUAACAGUAGAUAGAAUUGUGUUAGUUGCACCAUUUACUAAUACUCAAAAAUUGGUAAAAAGCAUUUUAAGUAAUAGUAUUUUAUUUUUUUUCAGUUGGUUUGUUAUGAAUAAAAAAUGUUCAUAUGUUGACUGGGAUAAUAUAAUUGUAUUAAAAGAGUUUUUUAAAGUGUUAAAUGAUUUAAAAAAAAUAAAAUAUUUGAAUACCAUUUUUUUUAAUUUACAAAUCAAUUUUAUUCAUGGUGAAAAAGACACAUUGGUAAAUUAUGAAAUGAGCUUGAAGUUGUACAAGCUAACAAAUUCGCUUAUAUCAAAAUAUGCCUUAACAAAUGUCAGGGCUUUUCUUUACAUUUUCAGAGAUGAUUGUCAUUCAUCUAUUUUUAAUGCGGACGCAGAAAAUAAAAUAUUGCAAAUCAUUUUUAAACCACUCCGAUUGCAUCCAUUCAGCACUACUAACAUACAUAAACUACAUUUUAGUCUCUACAAGGAUAUUUAUUUAUUGAAAACCGCUUACUUGCAGUAUAUUGUAGGGAUAACUUCCAAGUUGAUUCACGCAUGA